AUGGCAACUUCUGCCCCAAAUACGCCCUUGUUGAUUUAUGGUUCCAUCAUUCAGUCAGCAAAUGUAGAUACUCUUGAGUAUGUUGAACAAGGCCUGCUAGUUGUUCAGUCUGGCAAAGUAAUCCACUAUCGCAAGAACAUCAAAAAGGAGGAUAUUGCCACCAUUCUUGGAAGUCUUGACCUCAAAACUCUUCUUCCUAGUGUUCGCUACCUCAAGAAGGGCCAAUUUGUCAUUCCCGGCUUCGUUGAUACUCAUAAUCACGCGCCCCAAUGGGCUCAACGUGGCUUGGGACGGGGGCUCGAAAUUCUGGAUUGGCUGGACCAAGUAACCUUCCCAAAUGAGGCGAAAUUCGAAUAUCCAAAUCAUGCUCGACGUGUGUACAGUUCCUGUGUCGACGGUUUUAUCAAGCAAGGUAUCACGACCGUGUCAUAUUAUGGGUCUUUACACGGUGAAGCAACAGAGAUAUUAGCAGACAUCUGUUUUGAAAAAGGACAACGAGCUUUUGUAGGAAAAUGCAAUAUGAACCGCAAUUCCCCUGCCUAUUACACAGAUGUGUCCGCAGAGUCCUCUCUUGAAGUCACGAAGAAGUUCAUUUCCCACGUGCGACACAUCGACCCCAACUUUGAUCUAGUCAGACCUGUUCUUACACCUCGAUUUGCAAUUUCCUGUACUGAAGAACUUCUUGCUGGCAUCGGUCAAAUUGCGCAAGCCAAUCCUACCCUACCCAUCCAAACCCAUUUUUGCGAGGCAGAAUCCGAGAAGUCUACUACCCUAUCUCUGUUUCCAUCAUUCACAAACGAAGCGGAUCUCUACGAAAGUUUCAACCUUUUAUCUGAACGUUCCAUUCUUGCACAUUGCACCAUAAUGACGGACUAUGAAAUAGAGCGUAUUGCUGCGCUCAAUUGUGGAGUAGCACAUUGCCCAAUCUCAAAUACUACGGUGGGUGGUGGCUUCAUGGCAGCGCCCAUUCGUGAAUACCUUCGCCGCGGUAUCAAAGUUGGACUAGGCACGGACAGUGGUGGUGGAUUCUCUUCCUCAAUGUUGGAUGCUAUGCGGCAGGCUUUCAUCGUAUCCAAUGCGAAAGAUUUCCUCACUAAAGGUGCUGACCCGCGAUUAUCUCUCGCUGAAUGUUUCUACCUCGCCACACUCGGUGGUGCUCGAGUUUGUUGUCUAGACCAUGAAAUCGGCGACUUUUCAAAUGGGAAACAGUUUGAUGCUUUGAUCAUUGAUACGGAAAAAGAUGGAGCAAUGACUAUGGUAGACGAAAAGGAUCCACUACAAGUUCUUUUGGAGAAGUUCUUGAUGAGUGGUGAUGAUCGGAAUAUUGUUGAAGUUUAUGUUAAAGGAAGGCAGAUUAAACUUUGA